GGGCCUUUAACCUGUUUUUACUGAUUUAGGGGAUAUGAUCUGGUUGACCACACUAUCUGUUGAGCUUGUUUUAUGGUAAAGGAGCUGAAAUGAGCCACUCACAGAAUUUUGAAACAGGAUAUGUCCCUUCAACCUAUUGUGUACUAACACGUAUGCAUCCCCUUAGUGUGUUUGUAACAGAUAUGCAAGGGAUGAAGUGUCUGUAGAAGAAUUGUGGAGCUGUACAUCUCAUCUCCAACUAUUAUUUUCCUGUUCAAACCUUUUUUAUUUCCAAACAUAUCUUGUUCUAGAAUUUCUUUGGGUGUGUUCAUCAACGCGUAUCUCCACUGUUAAGGUGUGUUAAGGUGUGUUAAGGUGUGUUAAGGUGUGUCAAGAUGUGUUAAGGUGUGUCAAGAUGUGUUAAGGUGUGUUAAGGUGUAUAUAUAUUUAGGCAGGGAGAUGCAACAAGCCAGGCAGAGGUUCACACAGUCAUUCUGUUCUGCUGAGAGGUUCUUCGGUUUGAAGUUCCACUUUUAUCUGCAGUCAUGAUCAAAUUGUUAACUGUUGCCCUUGUUGCGGGAUUGGUUUUUGAGAGCAACCAGCAGGACUCUAAAUCACCAGCUCUUUCUAAAAGCAAACGUCCCUGCAACUAUCCCACCAACACUCGAUGCUGGACAGACUGGUUUGACAGAGAUGACCCAGGUGGACGUGGAGACUUCGAAGUUCUCAACCAUCUUCGCAGUGAGAACCCAGGAAAGAUCUGCGCUAACCCAGUAGAUAUUGAGGUCACAACUCUAUCCGGGCUCAGUGCGACUUCAACAGGGGAUGUGUUUCAUAAAAUGGACACAACUACAGGAUUCAUCUGCAGAAAGACAGACCAGUCCUCGAAGAAAUGCAAUGAUUAUCGUGUUCGUUUCAGCUGCCAUCCCCCUUUCUGUGGCGGAGGAGUGUGCUGGACCAAGUGGUAUGACCGUGACGACCCCAGUGGAACCGGGGACUGGGAGCUUUUGAAGAACCUGAGGAAAGAAAACCCAGAUGAAAUCUGUGAUAACCCUCUGUUCAUCGAAGCUGUCACCACUGACACACUGACCCCAGCCGUCGACACAGGGGAGACCUUCAAUGUCUUCAGUCCAACUAAAGGAUUUGUGUGCCUUAAAAAGGACCAGAGCGAUGGCACCUGCCGUGACUACAAAGUUCGGUUUGGAUGCCCAUGCAGUGUUAAAAAUCCAGAAGAAUGCUGAGAGGAAUGGGGAGAGAAGACGUUCCAAUUCUUAUCACUUUCAUUUUUUUCUGAUGUUUCUUUUCUUCUAUUCUUCUGUUACUGUUCCUGAUUGAAGAAAUAUGUAGAACUAGGUUUGUUUUCAUUUUUACUUGUCAUAGUUGGAAAAGCACUCGUGUUACUAAUAGCGUUAACGACGGCUCUGAUCCAUUCAAGUCGCCCAAUGUGACGGUGAGCCAGCAUGAAUGACACCAGGACCCUGAAACUAAAUCAGCUACAUGGAGUUCAACGUUAAUUCUAUUAUUUACAUCUAUGCUUUUCCUACCAUGAAAUGUCAAAUUAUCUUUGGUGGAAAAAUGGCUUAUUAGGUGGUUUAUCAGUUGAUCUUUUCUUUAUAGUUAUUAUGAAAUCAUUAUCUUGUAUGACGACUGUAGAAAACAAAUCACCAGCAUUAAAAAUACUGAAAAACAGCAAAUCUCUUUUCUGAUUAAGUUUCCACUCUACACAGCUUAUUAGGACGGCACUAAUGGGCUCACAGGCUUACAUGAAGUUGUGAUUUGGUGUGAGUAAUGCAGACAUAUGUGUUCUCAACAGAUGGUGGGAAAUGAUACGAUAUACAGACAGUAGGAGGUGCUGGAUAGCAGUGCUGUUUAACAGCAAUGUGGGAAAUGUGGAAAAGUCAGUGAAUCUAA